CCCACGGAUUACUGGGUAAUUCAACUACAGAGUGUACUAGUCGGUAAAGCAAGAAAAAUUUAAACACAGUUAAGUGUAGAGCAAGCUGCAAAUUAUAACAGUGCUAAGGAUAUUAUUUUAAAGGGUUCUGAAAUAGUUCCCGAGGCCCAGAGACCGUGAGAAAGUCAAUAGUCAGACUGAUGUAGAAUUUGCUAGAAGUAAGGAACAGUUAUUUGAUCGUUGGUGUCAUUCGCAGAGUGUAGAUGAGAGUCAGGAUAGGUUAAUGACAGCCAGUUUUAAUAGAGGAGUCUAAGAGGUGCAUUUGCAGUGAUGUCCGAACGUUCGUCAAUGAGCAAAAAGCACCAACAUUAGAGGAAGAUGCACGACUAGCAGAUGAGCUUUGGUUGAGGCACAAAGUGAACUUCAUGGAAAAACCCCAUCAGCUUCAAACUUCACCCGCUAGAGUUCUGCCUCCUUCGGUACUACGAUGGUUUGCAAAACCAGAGAAGUCGGCAGAAUGA